AUGUGAUUUGGGUUCUGGAAUUCUAGAACGGCCGGGGAUUUGGCCGAUGCUCUGUAAUCCCCCACCCAGCGCCUCCUCGUACAAGUUCGGCUAGUCAUAUACUUCGUACUUCGUAUCAGACCUGACUUUAACGGCUCAACCCGUUGAAGGCGCAACUAUUCCACUUUCGACAUUCCGCCAGAAUGGAGUUCGGCAUGACAAGCGACGCGUCAAGACAGGCCGCCGCCGACGGGGUUGGGGUGGCAAAGAAACGGCGGCGACCGGCGUUGGCCUGCGAACAAUGCAGACGACGCAAGAUUAAAUGCGACAGGACGACACCUUGCGGGCCGUGCCGGCGGUCCAGUCUCGAGUCGUGCACUUAUCGACCCGAAUGUUUCAAGGGGCCUGGGGUCGUGACUGCCACGAGCUCCACCGCGACCCAGGAUUCUGCAGCGUUGCUGUUAGCGCUUGCCUCCCCAGUGUCGGAUUGGCAGCGGCAACUCCCCGCUGAGGUGCCACCACCGGCGAUCGAGAGACCGCGCUCGUCAGCAGCGUCCGACGUGAGCGAGUCGGUCGACCUCCAACCGCAUACGCAUUCAAAUCGACGGAUGACGCUGGAUGAGGCGACGGGCACGGUUGAGCCACAGCGUCGGACUCUGGCCCCAAUCCGCGGGUGUUUUGUCAAGUCCCGCUUCUACGGACCGAGUCAUUUCAUCAACUCGUCGGGAGAGUUCCAAUACAUCCUCGAUGUACAGAGAGCAGCCGAGACGGACAAAAACUCGGAGAUUCAGUCGCUGCUGAAAGAGUGCAAACGCCUCUGCAGGGUUUGCAAGUCCCUCCCUUAUUUGCGCGGACCUGCCAAUCCGUCAACGGCAACCUCCUUGGCCGAUGAUCUGCCUCCGCAACGAACGUGUGAUGAGUUGGUCCGGCUGCACCUCAGAACCUUUGAGUCCGUCCACCGAAUCCUCCACGUGCCCACCUUCCGCGUUCAGUAUGCGUCGUUCUGGGCCAAUCCGCGGGCGGCCAGUCCGGGCUUCACUGCCCAGCUUCUCCUCAUCGCGGCGCUGGGGAGCUGCUUUUAUCACGAGCUCGAGACCUCGCGAUGGUCCUUGCGCGCCUCUGCAUUGCGAUGGAUAUCAAACGCUCAGGCCUGGCUAAGCUCCCCCAGCGAGAAAUCGCGCCUGAACAUCAUGGGACUACAAACCCAUUGCCUCCUCCUGUUGGCCAAGCAGGCGUAUCCAGGGGGGCCCGAAUUGGUGUGGAUUUCGGCAGGGUCGCUGUUGCGUGCUGCCAUGCAGCUCGGUCUUCAUCACGAUCCGGCCAAGCUGCCAGAUUUGAGUGGCUUCGAGGCCGAGAUGCGGAGACGGCUCUGGGCGACCAUCCUGGACCUGCAAAUCCAGGCGAGCAUCGAGUCCGGCGGAUCGCCUUUGAUUUCGCAACGGGAUUACGACUGCGAGCCGCCAUCCAACAUUGACGACUCCCAACUCGUGGACGGUCCCGAUGGCGGGCGAUUACCGCCACCAUCCAAGCCGAUUACCAUCUUCACCGACACCUCAAUGCAAUGUGCGCUGAUGCGGACACUUCCGAUCCGCCUCGAGGUGGCCAAGUACCUCAACGACUUUUCCUCGGAGCAGUCAUACGAUGAGACGCUGCGUCAGGGACAGCGGAUGAGGACCGUCCUAGAAGAGAACAUGCGUCUCUUCAAGUCGUUUGGUGGCCAGCACCAACAGCCGACGCCCUUCCAGAUCAAGUUAUUCGAGCUGCUGACCUACCGCUUUCUCCUCGCCCUGCAUUUUCCGUAUGCCAUCCGAGCCAGGAAGAAUCCAAAGUACUACUUCUCGCACAAGGUCUGCUUGGAUCUUUCCCUAUCCCUUCUGCACUACAACACUACCGGCGCCACAGUAGACCCGCUAGCGGCCAACUCGUUGGCCGUCGAGGACGACUACACCCGGCUCCGCGUUCUCGGGGGCGGCCUCUUCCGAGACUGCCCGCUGCGCGCCAUCAUCUUCGUCUGCAUCGAGCUUCUGAUGCAGCUGGAGGACGACCAGGGCCACCACUUUGCGCCCUCGACGUACACCUCACUGGGCCGCCAGGAACUGUACAAGGUUGUGACCGAGUACGUCAAGCUGCUCGCGAAACGCAUAGAGGCGGGCGAGACGACGGUGCGCGGCCACGUGUUUUUCAGUUCUGUGCUCGCGCACUUCGACGCAUUGCAGGCGGGCCGACCAUCGAAGCACGACAUCCUCGCGGCCAUGCGGAAGAGUCUCGAGUUUUGCCAGAGCAUGCUCAAGGCCAUGUCGCAGGAGUAUUAUCCCUCGGCGGCCGGCAGCGGCGGCAACAAUCUGUUGUUGGACAGCGUGAUGCAACAAGCGUCGGAGAGCUCUACUACGGCCAGCACCGAGUCCGGGCUGCUCGAUAACACGGCCUGGUUUGACUUUGUAAGCUUCAUAUCCACCCACCCUUGCCAUUUCGGAUGUGGUCUUACCGGUUGGCUGUGUUAGGAAUCCGGACUCCAGUUCGACUUCGAUGAGAGCACGCUUCCAUUAUAGUGUGGCCUAUAUAGGU